GGCGUCCGCAGAGGGUCCAUGGUUCUUGACCUGGGAACUGUCACACAAAAGCCCCUGCCCCCCCCCCCCCCACUCGGCCGACUCUUCACGAACCGAAGCCAAGUGAUUCGAUUCGCUUCGCUUCCUCAUGUGCCGUAGGUGGCAGGGGAACCGCGCAAGGGGACGCCGCCUGACAUGUCAACCUUUGAUGGCAUCGUUGCCGAGUUCCCUGACAUAAGAGUUGAUUUCUUCCGCCCAUCUCCUCACCGUCAGGCUCCGUUGGCCUGCUUCCUAAGCCAUGUCCACAGCGAUCAUCUGGCAGGCCUCGAGAGCCUCAGGUCGCCUUUCGUCUACUGCUCGGCAGCCACCCGUCAGAUCCUCUUACGUCUGGAACGUUACCCCUGUCGCAUCAACUUCGCCAAAGGCAUCCUAGAGGCCCGCGUCCAGACUUUCAAGAAGCUUCGUUUUCUCUUGAAACCUAUUCCCCUCGACACGCCUACCUGCCUCGAGCUGGCUCCUGGUCGACAUAUCCGGGUCACCCUCUUCGAUGCGAACCAUUGUCCCGGUGCCGUCAUGUUCCUAUUGGAAGGAGAUGGCAAGGCCGUCUUGUACACUGGCGACGUCCGGUGUGAGCCCUGGUUUGUGAACUCGGUAGCCCGAAAUCCCUCUCUCGUCGAAUACUCCUCGCACAUCAAGACUUUGGACAAGAUCUACCUGGACACUUCCAUACUCGACGAUAUCCCCCUCCAGACGAAAGCCGACGGUAUCGCCGAACUUGUCCGUAAAAUCGUCGUCUACCCUCCUGGGACCAUUUUCCACGUCCAGGCCUGGACGUACGGUUACGAAGAAGUGUGGAUCGCGCUCUCCAAAGCACUCAACUCGAGAAUCCAUGUGGAUGACUACAAGAUGAACAUUUUCCAGUCCCUCAAAUCCAAACCAUCUCCCGCCGAUCGAUUUUCCAGCCCGCCGGUCCACUUCUGUCCCGAGGCACCGGCCCUGACCGGCUUUGUUUGUGGGAACACCGAGCAUCCCGGGUGCCUGACGAGCGACGAGAAUGUCCAUCUACACAGCUGCGAGAGAGGCAACUUUUGCUCGGUUGUGGAGAAGGGUCCCGUGGUGUGGAUACAGCCAAUCGUUGCCCAUCUCCCCGAUGGCGUCGAUCGCCUCGAGGUCGGCAUCGGUGGCGGCGGAGAAGACUUGGAGCGGGAGGUCGAGAUCGAUGUCCUAUCCAAAGAGGAUCUCAGCCGGCUUCUUCGGCUAGUGACAGACGACAAUGACAUUCCCGCCGAUGUUCGAGCCAGUGUAAGCGACUACCUGGUACGGACCACACUCCAUGGCCGCAGCUUAUCUCUGGAUCUUUUCAUGUCAUCCCUGGAGGACAAAAACGAGGCCAGUCUCCGAAGCGCGCUUGCUUCCCUUACGAAGAAAUCACAACUUGGCCGGGGAGAAAAGAUCGUUGCUACCAAUGUCGAUCAUGCAGAUCAUGUAGAUGGCGUGUUACCAGACACAGUCACCUUCCCAUACUCCAGGCAUUCGUCCUACGAAGAGCUGUGUCAUCUGGUCCAGACUUUCAUGCCACGGGACGUCUGGCCGUGCACCGUCGACCCCAUCGAGUGGCACAAGAAUAAUAUCACCAUCAAGUCCUUGUUCGGUCGCCACUGCUCGGGAGACACCUUCGCGCACGACCUCCACAUGGAAGACUGGGCCAGCAGAAAUGCCACAGACCUGCUAACGCAGUCCCACAGUGAGCUGGAAACCCAGGGGUCGUCGGCUUCCGCUCUGGACAGAGUCGCUCCAGAAUGCAGCACAUCGUCUCCGCCCAAACAGCCGAGUCGGGAGACUUCGUCAGCCAGUCGAACGGGAAAGCGGACAUUUAUAGCCUUCCAUGACGACAGCAGAGACGGAAAGGACAAGGACCCCUUGGAUUCUCAAGUUUCCACCGAAUCUCACUCGUCUGAGGGAGCAUCCCUUUUUCGAGCAGACGCGUACAACACCAUGAUGCGGAAUCUUGCUGGUGGCGAUUGGACACCUAUCGAACUCAUGUCCACCUCAAAUCACCACACCGAUGUUGAGAAGAAUCCUGCUCAUUUGCCAGGGGGUGGAAAGGAUGGAGAUGUCAGGAACGGCAGGCCCAUGCAAUAACAGCGGCCAAGGUUCUAUGUGAGAAAAGAAAUGAAGAAGAAAAAGAAGAAAAAAAGAAGGAAAGAAACUUAUCGUUCCAUGUGAAGCGAGAUCACUGACACACAUACUCGCGUCGAAACAGGUCAUUUGAACCCAGGGCUCGAGCUGCAUGCACACUGCACGAUACCCAAUCCACAUCGGCACCCUUUCUAGGUGUGCCCAGUGGGAUCACUCCAUGCAACAUGGCCCCUAACCAAUACCUAGGUACCCACGCUUCCCUCCCGAACUCGUGGUCCAAUAAGACCUUUGUCGUUCUCGUGCCAGGCCAAUGCAUUCUCGAGAGUGAAUUAUGACAGGUUAGUACGAAAUCGGGCCCUUUGAGGCAGUUGAUGCUGGUUCUCCUGGGACGUUACGAGCCUGGAAACGCAGUUGAACAUGUGCGAAGCAGCAU